CCUAAACGAUCGUUUCGACCGAAAAUACGACCUCGUCAUGGAUCUCUGGAAAAGUGGACAACUUGUUUAUGCCUAUUUUAUCUGGAUCUUAGUUCGAGCUGCAGCGGCUGGUCGCGUAUUUGACGUGACGGUGAUACCGUUGCAGCCUGUGAACGCCGAGGCUGGUGGAAAUAUUUCGCUCGCCUGUCCAGGUGUCACUGAGCAAUCGCUUGUCCUGAUGUUGGAAUGGCGGGCGAACGGAGCGCAGAUACUUCAGUACAGCAGCAGCAGCACCACUGUUUGGAAACAUCGUAACAGAGUCUCCCUAAUCGCGGAUAAUUUCGCCCUCUUCUUUCAUCCCGUUACUUCCGUUGACAGCGGCGAGUACUACUGUCUAGUCAACAAUCGUCCCAUGCCGGAAGCCAUCGUCAAGCUCAUGGUUCAAGACGUUCCAGAUCCGCCAGGGCGGCCAUUGAUAAUGGCUUUCACAUCCCGUUCGGUGAAUCUCUCAUGGGCAGCGAGUGCAAACUCGCAUAACAACCCGAUCUCCAAUUACGUCAUCUACAUUCGGGUCGGUGAGGACGGGUCGUGGGACGAGAUGGGCGGAAUCGAGACACCGACCAACGAUACGACCUACACGAUUCAAAACCUGAUCCCAUUCACGGUAUACAGUUUUCGUAUUGCCGCUGUAAACGCGAUGGGACGCAGCUUGCCGAGCAAAGAAUCCUACUACAUGGUCACUCUGCGAGAGGUACCUGACGGAAAGCCGACGAUCACAACAGCGCACAAUACUUCGGCAACUUCGAUACUGAUCACCUGGCGACCUCCGAACAGGGACACCAUUCACGGCGAAUUUCUGGGCUAUCGUAUCGCCUACAAACCACGUGACAGGGGAAACGAAGAUGUCAAGGAAAUUUACAUACGUGAUGCGAACGUCGAGAGCCACACUAUUCACAGCCUGGAAACUUACACGCAGUAUCUUGUUUCGCUGCAAGUUUUCAAUCCCGAAGGCCUGGGUCCGUCCACCACAGUCUUGGUGAUGACCGAUGAAGGGGUGCCGACUAAACCUUUGAACCUGACCGUUCACCACGUCACCUCAUCAUCCAUUGAACUGUCUUGGGCUGAACCUGAGAAUACCAACGGUAUCAUAAUGGGGUAUCGGAUCUACUACAUGCAUUCCAAUUACACGGAUGUGAAGUCCCAUAGGAACAUCGACAAGUCAAAUAGCAACAUUUACUUCAACCUCAGCGACCUUAAACCGUACACAGAGUAUAAGAUAUGGGUGAAGGCCUAUACUUGGAAGAACGAAGGUGAACCAUCGGACCACAUUAUUCACAAGACCGACAUCGCCGGUCCAUCAGCCCCGAAUAUACUGAAUUUGACUUGCCAAGCACAGGACGUGAUUUACUUCCAAUGGCAGAGGCCUGGCAUCUUCUGGAACUCGAUAGAUUUCUACUACAUACGAUAUCGCGUCGAGGGCACCAAUGACUUCGAGGAAAUCCCGAUCUCCGCCGACAAAGAGCACCUCGAGAGCGGAACAACGAUUCAAAAUCUGUCCAUGAACACCGUCUACGAGGUUACAGUUCGCGGUGCAACGCGAAGUGUAAUCAAUCCCAACGAUAUAAUAGUGGGAGAAAGCUCACAGCGUAGGACAGUCUCGGUUGAACCCAAUUGCGACAAAAUACCACCAUCGAUGCGUCGGAGCAGCAAGGAAUUCAGCGCCGGUGUUAUAGCCGGGAUGGUAUGCGCCUGCUUUGCCGUGAUGCUCGCCAUUACAUCCUUUGUGCUUUGGAGGCCAUGUCUCAGGCCGAUGUUUAGAAAAUGCUUCCACACCGCUUACUACUACCUUGACGACCCACCGAGGAACGUUCCCACUCUACAAGACUGGGAGAACACCGAGCAGGAUGGGGAACGAACCGCCGUUGCGGUACAAAAUUUUGCCCAACACGUUGCCGCCCUGCAUGCCGACGGGGAUAUUGGGUUCAGCAAGGAGUACGAGCUCAUUCAAUCGGAAACCGGGGAUUAUACGGUGGAAAAUUCACAGUACGCGGAGAACAAGGCCAAAAAUCGUUAUCUGAACAUUCUCGCAUAUGAUCAUACUCGAGUACAAUUACUAUCUUGCGGGGGUGGUCCGCCAAAAAAGGGUCAGGACUAUGUCAACGCGAAUUACAUCGACGGUUGGCAACGCUCUCGAGCUUACAUCGGUACUCAAGGUCCAUUGCCGCCGACUUUCGACGCUUUUUGGCGAAUGGUCUGGGAGCAGCGGGUGUCCAUCAUUGUUAUGAUAACGAAUCUAGUCGAGCGCGGACGUCGAAAAUGCGACAUGUACUGGCCAAAGGAGGGCACGGAAACUUACGGUCACAUUCAAGUGACUCUGAUGAGAGAAGACAUUAUGGCCACGUACACCGUUCGCACUCUUCACAUUCGACAUUUGAAGCAGAUUAAGAAGAAGAAAAACGGCACCAACAUGGGGGAGAGGACUGUUCUUCAGUAUCAUUACACCGGUUGGCCGGAUCAUGGUGUUCCGGAUCACCCGCUUCCAGUUCUCAGCUUCGUGCGAAAAUCGUCGAACGCCAACCCGCCGGAUGCUGGUCCGAUCAUCGUUCACUGCAGCGCCGGAGUUGGUCGCACGGGAACUUACAUAGUGAUCGACGCGAUGUUGAAGCAAGCGAAAAGCAAAGGGGAGAUAAACGUGUUUGGAUUUUUGAAACACAUUCGAACUCAGCGGAAUUUUCUGGUGCAAACCGAAGAACAGUACAUAUUCAUUCACGACGCUCUCCAGGAGGCUAUAGAGAGCGGAGAAACCAACAUCGAGGCUAACAGCCUGCUUCAGCAUGUGCGAGACGUGCUCUGUCCGAAUAAUAACAAGACCGAUCCGUGGAACUCGCUUGACGCUCAGUACAAGCUGGUCACAUCGUGGAAACCAAAAGAUUUCAAUCUAGUCUCGGCCACGAAGCCCUGCAACGCGGUCAAAAAUCGGAAUAUGGAGGCUCUGCCAAUCGAAAACGCCAGAGUCCAUUUGACUCCGAAGCCUGGAAUUGAUGGAAGCGAUUACAUCAAUGCUACUUGGCUUGCUGGAUUCCAACGUAACCGGGAGUUCAUUUUGACUCAACAUCCUAUGGAGAAUACUAUUAUGGAAUUCUGGCAAAUGGUCUGGGACCACAAUGCUCAAACAAUUGUGAUGCUAACGCACUGCGAAGAGGACUAUCCGGAGUUCUGGCCUACAGAGGGUAAGGACUUGGAAUCCGAAACAUUCCGAGUGAGACUCUGCGGGAUCAAGGAAACAGUGAAUGGCGUUGUUUUGCGCGAAGUUGCCGUUCGCUCGUUGCAAGACGACUACGAGCUGAGCGCGAGGAUUGUCCAAGGUCCUCUGGAUCAGGGUGGUCCUUGGCCUCACAACAACAAUCCAAAACUAUUCGUCAACGUCGUGCAAGAUUUUCACCGAGAUUACCAGAACGGUCCAAUUAUCGUGAUGGAUAGAUACGGUGGAAUCGAGGGUGGGCUCUUCGUCAUCCUAACGACGCUGAACAAGCAGCUAGAAUUUGAGCAAACGGCCGACAUUUACAUGUCUGCAAAAUUACUCUACAUGAAACGGCCGGGAAUCUUCAGAUCCAAGGAGGACUACAUGCUGCUGUACCAAUGCCUGGAGUCGAUGUUGUCGCCGAAGACGCAAGCGGAGCCUGAUCUCUACAUGACGGCGAACGGUCACGUGACGUCGAUGAGCGAGGGAAACGAGGCCCACCUCCACCACCACCAUCACCACCACCACCACCAUAACCAUCAGGCAAGCAGAGAAAACUCUAUGCAGCACAUACCUUCGGAGUUUUCUGCGAAGACACCGAUCCGGGAGUACACGACGAGCAUAGAGAUGACCGAGUAUCCACCGGAGUACGUCGCCAACAGCGUGAACGAGAGGAUCUCGAACCACGUGAACGAGCACGGCACGUUAACCGGCUCGGUUCGAAACUCGACAACCGCUGGCACGAAUCCGUUGAGGAAUUCGAAUCUCUCGCAGGGCUCGGCUGAGCUCAACGGCUACGUUUCGAACGGCAGCACCCGAGUACCUCCCGAGGGGAUGGAAUCGACCUGCGUGAUCGUACCGCCAUGAUCCAAAGCCAUGGUUCGUUGCCAGGGCGCGACGACUACUCAUCGUUCCGAAAUGUUGUAACGGACGCUCCGGUGGGCAGGUGUAGAUUUUUAAAUAAAGAACACUGUUUCCCCUACGCGAGAGAAACAAGUGAAUUGCUGUGCUCUGUGUCAGCCGCGCUGAUCCUGACGCGUCGGAUUCGUUGACGAACGAUCGACGGCGUGACGAAAACGAUGAAAUUAGAGAAACAGUCGCGUUGAUAGACACACACGGAUAGAUUUUAAACUCGCGAAGGUAACGAACGGCGUUCAAUUUCCAGACUGACGAUCAAGCGAGCGAGGAUUUUCAUAAAUCGUGUGAAGCUUUCUCUGCUAUGAUAACUUAUCGACUGAGUGGCCAGGGUUGCGAACGUUUCGUUGUUCGUUGUGCACACCUCGUCGCAACUCGCGAGGAUUCUUGCCCGAAUGACCAGGCGAAAUGGAUUCGAGGGUGUUUGAGACGGAUUGGAAAAUUUACACAACCAUCACGGCGUGUGUAUAUAACUCCAACGUAUCGCAACGAAGAAAGACAUGAUUUGAAAACGAGAUGUUGAUAUUUCUGGGAAUGAAUGAAUCGACCAACGCAUCGAACCGACCACAAACUGUGACCCUAGAGAUUUGACAACACAGACAACAAUGGUGGAUGCUUGGCUUGAAAAUCGGUUCCGUUAUCGAUAACCGUUUUAACGUGUAAACUUAUGUUUAAUAAUAAUAUAGAGAAACUGUCGACAUCGAUGAAUUGUACGAACUAAAUUCUCAAUUUCGUUUUCCUCCCUCACGUUGAACGCAUAGAAAA